UUCUAUCCUGACCCUGCCUGACCAAGCCAUGUCCCAACAAGUCUCCGUGGGAAGGGGGCUACCCCAAGAUGUGCUGGCAGAGCAGGUGGAACUAUGGUGGUCCCAGCAGCCCCGGCGCUCCUUGCUCUGUUUCUCUGUGGCCGUGGGCCUUGUGGCUGGCUGUGGGGCAGGUGGCGUGGCACUGCUGUCCUCCACCAGCAGUCGAUCUGGCGAAUGGCGGCUGGCCGUGGGCACCGUGCUCUGCCUGCUGGCCCUGAUGGUUCUGGUAAAACAGCUGAUGAGCUCGGCGGUGCAGGAUAUGAACUGCAUACGGCAGGCCCAGCACGUGGCUCUGCUGCGCAGCGGCGGAGGGGCGGACGUUGUGGUAGUGCUGCUCAGUGGCUUUGUGCUGCUGGUCACCGGCCUGACCCUGGCUGGACUGGCUGCUGCCCCAGCCCCAGCUCGGCCACUGGCUGCCAUGCUGUCUGUGGGCAUUACCCUGGCUUCCUUGGGCUCAGUCUUGCUGCUGGGUUUGCUACUCUAUCAGGUGGGUGUGAGUGGACACUGCCCCCCAAUCUGUACGGAUGCACCCUCCACCCGAAAUGGCCACAGCGGUAACGGCAUCAUCUUUAGCAUCUCAGCACAGUUGUCGUCUGGCCAGCGUCAUGAGACUACCUCCAGUAUCGCCAGCCUCAUCUGACAGAGCUAGAGCCCUUCUUCCCGUGACCUGCCUCAGUGUCCCCAGAACUUGUCGCAAGACGCGCACAGGUGCGUGCACAUACGUGCAUCCCCCUGGCCUCCCCCGUGGUAUUGCAUAAUACAUGACUAGAAGCUCAUGUGUACUCACACGUCCACACCAUGAGAAGGUGAGUGAUGCCUCCUCGGGGCUAUUUGUGUCCAUGGACUGUUGUGUUCUCUGUCUGGUUCUGGGGUCUCUACGGGAUAGUCAUCUGGAGCCCCUGAAGACUUGGCCCAUAUUUCCAACACCAGCCUUGCCCUGUGACAUCAUCAAGGGUCUCUACGGAAGUGACUGUUGCUUCUCCGUGACUGCACCAGUAAUCACUCUUCAGCGAGAGUGACUCUUGGCAAAGCCGAGGGAAAUGGCUUCCUGACGAGAUGGGCCUGGACCAGGCCUGGACAGGAGAAAACACCUUUGAGCUUGUAACCUAGCAGCUGGGGCCUGGGUGAGGUCACUCAGCCUCUUCUGCCUCCGUCUCUCAGAACCGUGUUGCCAUUGAUUCUUAGGAUUAAAUGCUACCUGAGGGAGAUGACUGGGCUCCUGGCAAAUGUUGAAUAAAAAGAUGGCUAUAA